AUGGGAUCUACAGCUAGCUUUGUUGGGGCUUAUGUCCUCGCCGGAGAGAUUAUGCAACAUCCUGGGGAUCUGGGCGGUGCGCUGGCAAGCUAUGAGGCCGUAUUCAGGCCGUUUGUCAAUGAGAUGCAGACGCUUUAUCUGGGAUUGGUGCAUCUUGCCAUGCCCAUGUCGCAGUGGGCGAUUCGCAUACGAUGCUACUUUACGGGGGUGUUUGUUCUCUGA